GCUGUCGCCCAGCGUUUCUCUGGAGGGAGGCUGGGAAGGCUUUGGCGGCUUGGGACACCAUUAAACUGGAACUCAACUGGGAGUGUGACAAAUCACAAAGUUGGAGUCAGACUGAGGCCCCUGUGGAUGGCAAGUGAGACCUUCCUGUCAGGAAACACAGCAGGGAUCAUUUUCUGAGAUUUUAAAUCAGUGCCGGGAUGUCAGACACUGAUGAACAUGAUGAGUAUGAGGAGGAGGAGGAGGAGGAGGAAACUCUGGGAGAGUAUGUUGAGCAGAUUUCAACUACAAGGACUGUCACUGAGCACAGGACUCAGUCCGAACAGUCUGGGCUGCCCACCAGGAGAGUCAGGAAGAAGGCCAAGGUUGAUACUUCCAAGUUCAUGACUCCAUAUCUGGCCCACAGCAAGAAGAUGCUGGAGCUUUUCAGCCAUAAUAAAUACCGCCAAGCUUACGACUUGUCCAGAGGAGCGCCUCCUGCCCUCUCCACUGAAACKCCUGAAAUGAUUCGCAUCAGAAAGGCCCAGGAGCAGCUGAGUGAGGUUAAGUACCGAAUGGAAGGAACCAAGCUGAGAAACACUAGUUUGUAUGACGGUGAGGCCAGAGAGGUCCUUCACGUCAAGCAUGUGUCAGAGCUGAUCAGCAAGGUUCUCUACAAACAAAAGUGGGAGGAGACUAAGGACAGGUACUUGCUGCCCCCUGAUGCACCUGAGCUGGUUCUGGCUGUGAAGAAUGCUGCUAAUUACAGCAAAAAACUUUACAAGGAGGACUGGGAAGAGGAGAAGACCAUGUUCUUCCCGUACAGCGACAGCCCCGAGCUGCGAAGGGUGGCUAAAGCUCAGGAGGUCCUCAGUGAUCUUAAAUACAAAGCAGAUUAUAACAAAAACGUGAGGGGUCAGUGGUGUGAGACACCCUACUUCGAUGUAGCCAUCGCCAGGAUGGCCAUGGAUAACCUCAGUGAUAGAAAAUACACUCAACAUUUUGAAGAUACAAAAGACCAAAUUUAUUUCAUGCAAACAGAAACGCCCGUUUACAACACGUGUAAGAAGGCUCGUAUCGCUGCCAGCGAGGUCCAGUACAAGAAGGACUACGAGAAGACGAAAGCUCAGUGUGACUACAACACGCUGCCUGCCACAGAGAACCCUCUCCUCAGACAGCUCAGAUACGCUGGCACCAUCCUCAGUGACAAAGUGUACAAGGCCAGCUAUGAGAAAUCCAGAGGCUUCAGCAUCAACUACUGUGAUACUCCAAAGUUUCAGAUGGACUCAGUCCUUAAACAGUUCUCUGAUGUACGUUACAAAGGAAAGUAUGAGAGUGAGGUGAAGGGCCAUUACAUUGGCAGCUAUGAAGACCUCUACAUGCUUCACUGCCAGAAAAUUGAAGAAAUGAAAAACGAGCAAUUAUAUAAGGCGGAUUAUGAAGACAUAAAAACUAGAUGCUUCUUUCCUCAAACGGUUACCCCUGAGUAUGAAGCUACAAAGAAGCUUCAGCAAUGCAGUGAUAAAGUUUACAGGCAACACCCAGACACGGUGAAGUUCACGCAGGUUGAUGAUUCGCCAGUUCUUGUUCAAGCCAGCAUCAACGCCAAGCAGCUAAGUGACUUAAACUACAAGGCGAAACAUGAGGAAACCAAGACUAAGUAUAGUCUCCCACCAGACUAUCCCUUCUUCAUCCAGUCCAGAGUCAACGCUUUUAACCUGAGUGAUAACUGCUAUAAGUACGACUGGGAGAAAACUAAAGCCAAGAAGUUUGAAAUCAAGGGUGAUACCAUUUCAAUCCUAGCUGCUCGUGCUCACACAAACAUUGCCAGUGAUGUUAAGUAUAAAAAGGAGUAUGAGAAGAACAAGGGCCAGAUGGUUGGAGCCCUCAGCAUCAACGACGAUCCAAAGAUCCUGCACUCCGUUCAUGUGGCCAAAAUCCAAAGUGAUCGCGAGUARAAGAAGAACUAUGAAAAAAUAAAGACCAAGUACCAUACACCACUUGAUAUGAUAUCAGUCACCUUGGCCAAGAAAUCUCAGGCUAUUGCCAGCAUGCGCGGGUACAGGAGCAUCAGCACCAACUUCUUCCUUCCUCCUGACAGUGUGCUGCUGGACACGGCCAAGAAAUCCAACAUCAUCCAGAGUGAUAAUGAUUACAAGUCUGACUACAACAACUACGUCAAGGGAACUCCAUGGAUUCCCUAUGGCUCCAUGGAGGUGGAAAAGGCAAAGAAAGCUGCUGAGAUCCUCAAUGAGAAAAAGUACAGACAGCACCCAGACACCAUCCCGUUUACAGCUAUUGAUGACCACCCCAUAAUGCUUCAGGCCAAAGUCAACCAGCUUCAGAGGAGUGAUCUGUUCUAUAAGAGGGGUCUUGAGGAGAUUCAUCAAAAGUACUCUCUGCCUCCUGAUGUCCCAGAGUUCCUCCAGGCCAAGUGUAACGCCUACAACAUCAGCCAGAACUACUACAAGUAUGCCUGGCAGGAGCUGAUUGCUAAAGGUUAUGACCUGAAGCCUGAUGCUAUCCCUGUUGUUGCAGCCAAAGCAGCCAGACAUGCUGUCAGCAAUGUCCAGUACAAAAAGGCUUAUGAGAAGGCGCGAGGCCAGCAUGUUGGUUUCCGCAGCCUGCAGGACGACCCCCUCCUGGUUCACUACAUGCAGGUGGCUAAGAUCCAGAGCGACAAGCUCUACAAGAAGGACUACCACAAGAUCAAGCUGAAGUAUCACUCUCCAGUGGACAUGCUGAGUGUUGCUCAUGCUAAACACGCCUCCAAAGUGCAGACCUACGCUGGCUACAAGCAACAUCAUCAUACUUAUUGUCUUCUGCCUGARGCAAUGGGUCUCCAGCUGGCUCGCAACAUGAACUUCAACUCCAGUGAUGUUAAUUAUAAAAUGGAUUAUGAGACCGGCAUGAAGGGAAUUGGUUGGGUUCCUAUUGGUUCGCUGGAUGUGGAAAAAGCGAAGGCGGCAGCGGCAGCUCUGGAUGAGAGAAAGUACCGACAGCACCCUUCAACAUUCAAAUUCACCUGUGCUCCUGACUCUAUGAGCAUGGAGCUGGCAAAGACCAAUGCCAAGAUACUGAAUGUGAAAGAUUAUAAAGCUAGUGGAGAGAAGUUCAUGCACACUUAUCACCUCCCACCUGAUGCCCCUGAACUGAUGCAGGCCAGAUACAAUGCUGCCAACAUCAGCCAGAAUUAUUACACCUAUGCUCAUCGCAAAGAUCUGCUCAAAGGACACCAUGUGAAGGAAGAUUCAAUACCUGUUGUUGCUGCAAAGUCUUCAAGAGACAUUGCCAGUAAUUACAAGUACAAGCUGGCCUACGAGAAGGCAAAAGGUCGCCAUGUUGGUUUCCGCAGCCUGCAGGACGACCCCCUCCUGGUUCACUACAUGCAGGUGGCUAAGAUCCAGAGCGACAAGCUCUACAAGAAGGACUACCACAAGGCCAAGCUGAAGUAUCACUCUCCAGUGGACAUGUGGAGUGUGGUUCAGGCCAAGCAGGCCUCUGCUGUCCAGACCAUGACUGGAUACAGAAAUAUCCAGCACACUAAUUUGCUCCUCCCGGGUGCCAUGAACCUGGAACUGGCUCGUAACAUGCAGUUUAUUGCUAGCGAUAAUGAGUAUAAGAAGGAUUACGAGAGCUACAUGAAGGGAAUAGGAUGGGUUCCGAUUGGUUCUCUUGAUGUUGAGAAAGCAAAAACAGCUGGUCAGGUUUUGAGUGAGAAAAAAUAUCGUCAACAUCCCAGCAAGUUUAAAUUCACCAAGGACAUGCACUCUAUGGAUCUGACUCUGUGUGCUACCAACAACCAAAUUAUGGAUAAGAAAUCCUACAUAAAAGCCUGGGAUAAAGACAAGACAUCCGUCCAUGUAAUGCCAGAUGCAAUGGAUAUUGUUCUAGCCAGAGAGAACAGAAAACACUACAGCGAGAAAUUAUACAAACUGGAUAAUGAGUUGGCCAAGAAGAAGGGCCAUAAUGUCCGUGCUGAUGCUAUCGCAAUCCAGGCUGCCAAAGCCUCCUGUGUUAUUGCUAGUGAUUACAAGUACAAGACAGGAUACCGUAAGCAGGUCGGCCACCACAUCGGUGCACGCUGUAUCCAGGACGACCCUCUGCUCAUGCUGGCUCUGAACUCAGCCAGGAUAGCCAGUGAUGCUCUGUACAAGAAGGACUUCAACAAGUCCAAGACCAAGUUCCACCUGCCAGUAGACAUGCUAGCCUUUGAGCUGGCCAAAAAGAAUCAGAUUCAGGUCAACCAUGCCAAUUAUAUUACACGUCUGCAUAACUGGACCUGUCUACCAGACUCAAAUGAUGUGGUCCAGGCUAGACAUGCGUACAACAUACAGAGUGAUGCUGUGUAUAAGGAGGAUCUGAAGAUGAUGCAGGGUAUCGGAUGGGUGCCUAUAGGGUCACUUGAUGUUGAGAAGGCAAAGAAUGCUGCUUUAGUCCUGAGUGAACAUAAAUACCGUCAGCAUCCAAGCAACUUCAAGUUCAAGUGCACCACUGAGGACAUGCCCAUGGCACUGGCUAAGGCCAAUGCUCAGAUAAUGAACAAGAAAACCUAUACUGAAGCUUGGGACAAAGACAAGACCAGCAUUCACGUCAUGCCCGAUGCCAUUGACAUCGUUCUGGCCAAAGCAAACAAAGUCAUCUACAGCGAGAAAGCGUACAAGCAGGCAAAUGAGGAUGCCAAGAAAAAGGGCUACGACAUGCGCAAUGAUGCCAUUUCCAUUAAAGCAGCAAAGGCCUCCAGGGACAUUGCCAGCGACUACAAGUACAAAACAGGAUACCGUAAGCAGGUUGGUCACCACAUUGGUGCCCGAAGUAUCCAGGAUGACCCUCUGAUGAUGCUGGCUCUCAACUCAGCCAAGAUCGCCAGUGAUGCUCUGUACAAGAAGGACUUCAACAAGUCCAAGACCAAGUUCCACCUGCCAGUGGACAUGUUGAUUCUUGAACUGGCCAAAAAGAACCAGAUCCAAGUCAAUGAUUUUAACUACAGAACUCACUUGCACCAGUGGACCUGUCUGCCGGACUCCAACGAUGUGGUCCAGGCCAGGCAUGCUUAUGACUUACAGAGUGAUGCUGUGUACAAAGAGGACCUKAGGUUGAUGCAGGGUAUUGGAUGGGUGCCCAUAGGGUCUCUAGAUGUUGAGAAGGCGAAGAAAGCUGCUGAGGUCCUGAGUGAACGAAAGUAUCGUCAGCAUCCAAGCAACUUCAAAUUCAAGUGCACCACUGAGGACAUGCCAGUAGUACUUGCUAAGUCCAACGCUCAGAUAAUGAACAAAAGAGCCUACAUCGAAGCCUGGGAGAAUGAGAAGACAAAGAUCCAUGUCAUGCCUGAUGCCAUGGACAUUCUCUUAGCCAAAGCCAACAAUGUCAACUACAGUGUGAAAAGGUACAAGCAGGCAAAUGAAGACGCCAAGAAGAAGGGCUAUGACAUGCGUGGUGAUGCCGUUUCCAUUAAAGCAGCAAAGGCCUCCAGAGAUAUCGCUAGUGAUUACAAGUACAAGACUGGAUACCGUAAACAGGUCGGUCACCACAUUGGUGCCCGCAGUGUCCAGGAUGACCCUCUGAUGAUGCUGGCUGUCAACUCAGCCAAGAUCGCSAGUGAUGCUCUGUACAAGAAGGACUUCAACAAGUCCAAGACUAAGUUCCACCUGCCAGUGGACAUGUUGAACCUGGAGCUGGCCAAGAAAUGCCAGAUCCAAGUCAAUGACUUCAACUACAGAACUCACCUGCACCAAUGGACCUGUCUGCCGGACUCCAACGAUGUGGUCCAGGCCAGGCAUGCUUAUGACCUACAGAGUGAUGCUGUGUACAAAGAGGACCUAAGGUUGAUGCAGGGUAUUGGAUGGGUGCCCAUAGGGUCUCUAGAUGUUGAGAAGGCGAAGAAAGCUGCUGAGGUCCUGAGUGAACGAAAGUAUCGUCAGCAUCCAAGCAACUUCAAAUUCAAGUGCACCACUGAGGACAUGCCAGUAGUUUUGGCAAAGGCCAAUGCCCAGACAAUGAACAAGAAAGCCUACAUCGAAGCCUGGGAGAAUGAUAAGACAAAGAUCCACAUCAUGCCCGAUGCCAUGGACAUUCUCUUAGCCAAAGCCAACAAUGUCAACUACAGUGUGAAAAAGUACAAGCAGGCAAAUGAAGAUUCCAAGAAGAAGGGCUAUGACCUGCGUGGUGAUGCCGUAUCCGUCAUUGCAGCCAGGGCAUCCCGGGACAUUGCCAGUGAUUACAAGUACAAGACAGGAUACCGCAAACAGGUCGGCCACCACAUCGGUGCGCGCUGCGUCCAGGAUGAUCCUCUCAUCAUGCUGGCUCUGAACUCAGCCAAGAUCGCCAGUGAUGCUCUGUACAAGAAGGACUUCAACAAGUCCAAGACCAAGUUCCACCUGCCAGUGGACAUGUUGAACCUGGAGCUGGCCAAGAAAUGCCAGAUCCAAGUCAAUGACUUCAACUACAGAACUCACCUGCACAACUGGACCUGUCUGCCGGACUCCAACGAUGUGGUCCAGGCUAGAACUGCAUAUGACCUACAGAGUGAUGCUGUCUAUAAAGCUGACCUAAAGUGGCUCCAGGGUCUGGGCUGGGUCCCCAUUGGUUCCCUGGAUGUGGAGAAAGCCAAGAAGGCUGCAGAGAUUUUGACUGACAGGACAUACCGCCAGCACCCUAGCACCCUUCGUUUCACUAGUCCCAUUGAUGCAAUGAACAUUGUGCUGGCAAAGAAUAAUGCCAUAACAAUGAACAAGCGCCAUUACACAGAAGCAUGGGAGAAUGAAAAGACUAAGGUGCACGUCAUGCCUGACACUCCUGAGAUCAUGCUCUCUCAACAAAAUGCUAUCAACAUGAGCAAGAAACUUUACAGACAAGGUUUUGAAGAAACCAUCAGUAAAGGCUACUUCCUUCCUCCAGACUCAGUCUCUGUGAAGGCUGCUAAAGCUUCAAGAGACAUCGUCAGCGAUUACAAGUACAAGACAGGAUACCGUAAYCAGGUUGGUCACCAUGUCGGUGCCCGCUGUGUCCAAGAUGAUCCUCUCAUCAUGCUGGCUCUGAACUCAGCCAAGAUCGCCAGUGAUGCUCUGUACAAGAAGGACUUCAACAAGUCCAAGACUAAGUUCCACCUGCCAGUYGACAUGUUGAACCUGGAGCUGGCCAAGAAAUGCCAGAUCCAAGUCAAUGACUUCAACUACAGAACUCGCCUGCACCAGUGGACCUGUCUGCCGGACUCCAACGACGUGGUCCAGGCCAGGAAAGCCUAUGAUCUUCAGAGUGAUGCUGUGUACAAAGCUGACAUGGAUGAGGUCGUUGGUGUAGGGUGGAUCCCCAUUGGUUCCUUGGAUGUGGUGAAAGCCAAGAAUGCUGCAAAGAUUCUCAGUGAUCGUCUGUACAGACAGAAACCAGACACACUGAAGUACAAAACUGACAUGACCGCCAUGCCCAUGGUCUUAGCCAAAACAAAUGCCGAAACCAUUAAUAAGAGAAACUACAUUGCUGCAUGGGAAGCCGAUAAACUUAAGACCCACGUGACACCGGACAUUCCGGAGAUUUUGCUGUCCAGAGCUAAUGCUUACAACAUCAGCAAUAAAAUCUACAGAGAGGCUGUUGAGAAGAUGUUCAGAAAGGGCUACAAUAUGAAGCCUGAUGCUGUCUCUAUUAUUGCUGCCAAACAUGGAAGAGACAUCAUUAGUGAUUACAAGUACAAGUCAGGAUUCCGCAAACAGUGUGGUCACCAUAUCGGAGCCCUGAGUGUCCAGGAUGACCCUCUCAUCAUGCUGGCUAUGAACUCAGGCAAGAUUGUCAGCGAUGUUCUGUACAAGAAGGACUUCAACAAGUCCAAGACCAAGUUCCACCUGCCAGUGGACAUGUUGAACCUGGAGCUGGCCAAGAAAUGCCAGAUCCAAGAAAUAUUAUCGUGAAGGUUUUGUUAACACCAUCAACAAGGGUUAUUUCCUGCCCAAAGAUGCUGUUUCUGUGCUGGCUGCCAAAGCAUCUCGUGAUAUCGUCAGCGACUACAAAUACAAGGCUGGUUUCCGCAAGCAGUGCGGUCAUCAUAUUGGUGCCCUCAGUGUUAAGGAUGACCCGUUGAUCAUGCUGGCUGCUCAUGUUGCCAAAAUCUCUAGCGACAAUAUCUAUAAGAAGGAGUUCAACAAGACCAAGACCAAGUACCACCUCCCAGUUGACAUGCUGACCAUCGAACUGGCCAAGAAAUGUCAGCAACAAGUCAAUGACUUCAACUACAGAACUCACCUUCACCAGUGGACUUGCCUUCCAGACUCUAAUGAUGUGGUCCAGGCCAGAAAGAUCUACGACUUAAGGAGUGAUGCUGUUUACAAAGCCGAUCUGGAGUGGCUGAGAGGAUGUGGCUGGUCGCCCCACGACUCUGUGGAUGUUGUUAAAGUUAAAUAUGCCCAGAAGGUUCUUAAUGAACGACUUUACCGCCAGCACCCAAGCACCGUCAAGUUCACCAGUGUUGUCGACCUACCAGCUAUUGUCUUGUCAAAGCAGAAUUCUGACAUCCUCAGUGAUAGGAAAUAUAGGGAGGUCUGGGACAAAGACAAGCUGGUCAUACAUAUUCCACCUGACAUCCCCCCGUAUGAAUUGGCCAAGGCCAAUGCCAUCACAAUCAGCAAUAAACUUUACACAAAGGCAUGGGAUGAACAAAAGGCUAAAGCCUGCAACGUCAGAGAGGACGCCAUCUCUGUGCUUCACGCCAGAGCUUCUAGAGACAUCGUUAGUGAUUACAAGUACAAGACAGGAUACCGCAAACAGGUCGGCCACCACAUCGGUGCCCGCUGUGUCCAGGAUGAUCCUCUCAUCAUGCUGGCUCUGAACUCAGCCAAGAUCGCCAGUGAUGCUCUGUACAAGAAGGACUUCAACAAGUCCAAGACCAAGUUCCACCUGCCAGUAGACAUGUUGAACCUGGAGCUGGCCAAGAAAUGCCAGAUCCAAGUCAAUGACUUCAACUACAGAACUCGCCUGCACAACUGGACCUGUCUGCCGGACUCCAACGACGUGGUCCAGGCCAGGAAGGUUUAUGACCUCCGGAGUGAUGCUGUGUACAAAGCUGAUAUGGAGUGGAUACGUGGCUGUGGAUGGUCCCCCCAUGAAUGUGUGGAUGUUGUGAAGGUGAAGCAUGCACAGAAGAUCCUCGCUGAUAGAGGCUACCGUGUCAAGUUGGAUGAGCAGAAAUACACAGUUCCUGUGGACAGAGUUGACCUGGCCUGUGCCAAGAAUGCUGCUGAGGUCUUAAAUGAGGCUAAAUAUCGUGAGGCUUGGCACCAGGACAAGACUAAAUACUCACUGGUAGACAGUCCAGUUCUUGCCACAGCCAGAGAAGUGGCGAAACACAUUCAUCCAAAACUGUACACUGAAGCAUGGGACAAGGUGAAGGCCACGGGAUACUUCAUGCCUGGUGAUGCCGUACCCAUCAAACAGUGCAUAUCUACAACUAAAGUGCAGAGCAAACAUAAUUAUCUGGAGGGAUACCGCAAACAGUGUGGUCAUCACAUCGGUGCCCUGAGUGUCCUGGAUGAUCCUCUCAUUGUCUUGGCCAUGAACUCAGUCAAGAUCGCCAGUGACGUUCUGUACAAAAAGGACUUCAACAAGUCCAAGACUAAAUACCAUCUGCCAGCGGACAUGCUGAGUCUGGAGCUGGCCAAGAAAUGCCAGACUCAAGUCAAUGACUUCAACUACAGAACUCACCUGCACCAGUGGACCUGUCUGCCGGACUCCAAUGACGUGGUCCAGGCCAGGAAGAUUUAUGACCUCCAGAGUGAUAAUGUGUACAGGGCAGACUUGGAAUGGAUUCGCGGCUGUGGCUGGAUGGCAGCCGACUCUGUUGACCAUGUCAAAGUCAGAAAGGCUCAGGAAAUUCUCAAUGAGAGGCUCUACAAGAAGAAUGCCAAAGAAGAAUUUGGAAAAUUCACUCUGGUGGUGGAUCGUCCUGAGAUCGUCUUGGCAAAAAUAAAUGCRGCCAACCUCAGUGAUCUGAAAUACAAAGAGUCCUUCAAUGCUGAAAAAGGUCAUUACAUUGGUUCAGACGAUACUCCUCAACUGGCCCAUAGCAGAGAGAUGGCUAAGACCAUCAGUGAGAAAUUGUAUAAAUCUCAAUGGGACAGCACCAAGGCAACGAGCUACAAGCUGAACCAUGAAUACAUCCCCCUGCUCAGCGGCAAAAAGGGCAGAGAGAUCGCUAGUGAUGUCAAGUACAAAAUUGCUCAUGAGAAAGCCAAAGGUCACUACAUGGCUGGAACUCUGGUGGACUUCCCUGAGGCUAUGCGCUGUGGACAACAGGAGAAGAAUAAACCGAUGAGGAUCUACCAGAAGGACUACCAUCAAACCAAGACCAAGAUCCACCUCCCGCCUGAUAUUAUCGCUAACCAGGUAGCCAAGAGGUGCCAGGACAUGUUGAGUGAUGUCCUCUACCGCACCUACCUGCACCAGUGGACUUGCCACCCGGAGCAGGAGGACGCCAUUCGUGCCAGAAAGACCAAUGAGAUUCUCAGUGAUGUGUUCUACAAGGACGACCUGAACUGGAUGAAGGGUAUUGGCUGCUACGUUUGGGAUACACCAGAGAUUCUUCGUGCCAAGAAGUCCUACGAGCUGCAAAGUGAACGUAAAUACAGAGAGAACGCCAAGAAGGAAUUCCACAAUUACUCGAUUGUGACGGACACCCCUGAGUAUGUGACUGCUGUCCUGGGCCACACCUGGGCCAGUGACCUGAACUACAGGGAGGCGUAUCACAAGGAGAAGCAUUUAUAUACCACUGUUCUGGACACAGCUGAUUACGCCAGAUGCCACAACUUUAAAUUAAUCUUCAGUAAUAAAAACUACACAGCUGUUUGGGAUAAAAUCAAAGCAAAAAGCUACCAGAUUCCAGCUGACUCUAAUGCUCUGCAACAUGCCAAACAACAGAAGGUCAUUCUGAGCAACGUCAAGUACAAGAUGGAUUAUGAAAAGUUCAAAUCUCUUUACACUCUGCCCAAGUCACUUCAAGACGACCCUGCCACUGCCCGCUGUGUCAAAUCUGGAAAGCUGAUCCUGGACGCCAAGUACAAGGAGGCCUAUGAGAUGACGAAGGCUAAGGGUUACACUCUUCAUCCCGAGGGUGUCAACUUUGUCGGUGCAAGAAAGGCUCACAAGAUUGUCAACGAUCGUCUGUAUCGCGAGUUGUACCAUAAGCAAAAGGACAAGAUCCACACGACCUACGAUACCCCCGACAUCAAACAAGUCAAGAUGAACCAAAAGAACCUCAGCAACCUGUGCUACAAGGAGAAAUAUUAUAACAGCAGAGGUCAGCUGAUCUCUCUGCCCAUGACCCCUGAGCUCCUGCACUGCUACCAAGUCAACAACAUCACCAGCGAGCUGAAAUACAAAGAAGAUCUGAUGUGGUUUAGAGGCGUCGGCUGCUUCUUAUACAACACCCCAGAGAUGGUCCACGUGCGCAACAUCACCAAGUUCAGAACAAGCUAUCCAGUGGAGGCCAAGAAGAACCUGCCCAACUUCACAGUGGUUCUGGACACUCCAGAGUACAAGCGUGUGACGGAGCUGAAGACACACAUGAGUGAUAUGGUCUACAGAGGUCAGAGCAAAAAGGAAAUGUCCAAAGUUUCCUCCACUGUCGAUUCUUUGGACAUAAAGAGAGUCAAGUGGGCCCAGCAGCUGAUUAAUAAGUACCAGUACACAGACCUGGCAGCAAAGGAGAGAAGUCAUUUCACUCCAGAAUCGGACACUCCAAAUAACCAGCAUGCCAGGAAAAUGAAAGUGGUCUACAGUGACAACAAAUACAAAGAGCAGUAUGAGAAGAUGAAGCACAGGUACACUGCCAUUGCUGACACACCUCUCCUGAUCCGCUCCAAGAAAGCCUACCUGCAGUCCAGCGAUCUGCGCUACAAGGAGACGUUUGAGCUUUCCAAGGGCCACUACCACACAGACAAGGAUGCUCUGGACAUCGUCUGCCACCGCAAGUUCACAGAUGACAUCAGUGAGGUGAAAUACAGAGAGAAGUACAUCAACUCUCUGGGAACAUGGAAGUCCAUCCCGGACCGUCCUGAGUUCUUCUUCAGCAGYAUGGUCAACAAUAACGUCAGCAACGUGAAAUAUAAAGAAGACCUGGAAUGGUUGAAGGGUUUCGGGUGUUACGCGUGGGACACUCCUGAGCUGCAGCUGGCUGAUAAGAACAAGGCUCUGUACAGUGAGAGACUAUACAAAGCCUCAUUUGAGAAAAACCGAGGUAACUUCAGUUACACCAGCGACACUCCAGUCUUCCAGGCUGCAAAGAACGCCUCCAUGCUCAUCAAUGAUAAAAAGUAUAAAUCCCGGGCAAAGGAUCUGCUAAAGAGUGGCUGCAAUGAGUUACUGCGGCCUGACAUCCUCACCGCUCUGUGCCAGUCCUUUAUGAGCAGCAAGUGGAAGUACAGGGAGCAGUACGAGCGAGCCAAAGACAAGUUCACCUCUGUUCUGGAGACUCCUGAGUACGAAACCCACAAACGCAGCAAAAAGAUCACUGAU